CCGUUUUCAGCUAGUUCCAUAAUUAUCGUGAUGUUUUGGAGGACGAUGAUAGACGAAUUGUCACUAUCUGGUAUAAGCCACUCCAGAUACCAGUCAUUCCGCCAGAAUAGCGUCAUCAUGCCGCGCUUAUUCGAGAGCAUGAUACCUUCUAAGUACAAGCCACCUCCGGAUCUAAUCGCGGCCCGUCUCAUCUACCGCCCCCAGAUGCAAAGACAACGGCUCAAGCAUGUUUUAACUAUCAUUAUCUGUGUAGUAUCUCCUAUUCCAUCGACAUCUUCGUCUGUUGCUCGCGACGAAGAGCAUGGCGUCUCCAGUGUUGGGUAUAAUCAACCUUUAUGUGCCAACCGUCUUCUUGCAGCACUGUUUUGUUCAUGCUCGAAUUUUUUUAAGAUGGAUGAUCGUGUAGCAGACGCGAAUCAAAGAUGCGUCGCUAUGCAAGUCAGCUAUUCGGCCGGAAAUCGGGCCUCUUCAAUUGGCAAUACCCAUCCAAUCACGAGCAUCUUGCAACCGGAUUCUAGGCAUUCCGAUACUGUGCUAUCUAUAGCAAUACCACUUCCGGCGUUGCAGUCGCACUGCAGCCGGAAAUGCGAGUGUUGCCGAUGUUUGGUUCUAGCGACGAGGAAUGGGCAUCGUGACCAAAAGAAGCUAUAAAAUCGUCUCAGUUAGCCGGGCUUCAUACAACGUCGCAGGAUGAAAAUAAACAUGGACUUGUUGGUUUUCGAUUUAACGCGCUAUCGCUUUUUCGCUGAUCCUUCUAUCGCGUCUAGCCGCUUCCUUCUACGUUCGUACAUGGUUGGGCGUCUAUGGCCUAGAUAUUUAUGGUUUCUCCUAUGCCUGGUUAAAGCACGAUUAAUAUAGGAACACUAAUUGCAAGAGCUAUAAACGCGAGUCGUCCUCUGAAGUUCAAGUUCACUAGCCAGUUAGGUUAGCGAGGGCACGAGGUGGAUUCGAAGUCGUAGUAGACAUUUUCACUUGCAGGUACGAAAAUUUAUACAAUUAUAUAUAAUAUCUUCUAGAUACCUAAUUCGUCGCUUUGCGAACGUUCGC